CAAUAAACCCACUAAAGAAAGAAAGAAAGAGGUCGCGUGUGAUGUGUUUGUGUAUCCUCAGUGUUUUUCUCUCUUGAGUGUUUUAUUGAGUGGAAACAGAGUCUUGUCUCUGUUUAUUUUAGUGUUGUUGAUGAUGGAUGAGAUGUGCUGUAAAUCAGUAGGAACUGAUCUGUCCAUGCUGGAUAUUGAUGAUUUCAUCACAGAAAUCUCUCAGCUGAAGAAAGAGGUGGCGUUACUGGAGACAAAGCUGAGGUUAAGAGCAGAUGAAGGACUGAAGAGAGAGGACUCCGAGCUCAGUCUGACUUUACUCUGUUAUACUGAGUCAAAGCCCACAGACGCUCAGGACACUACAGUGUGUGACAGUAAUCAGGACUUACAGGAUGAGGAAUCUACUGAUCAAACCUCCACAGAGUCUCUGGAUUCUGUCUGGAACGCUGGAGAACAGCAGCAGAUCCUGCAGACCAAACUCAAGAUGUGUUCAGUCAAACUCAUCGACUGCACGAACCUCAUGAUGAAGAUUAAAACUGAACCCACAUCUGAUGAAUAUGAAGACAAUCACAAUGAUGGUCAUCGUUUUUUUCUGUCAGAUGCAAAGAGUGAAUUAUGUUUGAAUGGAGAAAUAACGUCCUCGACUCUUUCCUGCAUCAGCGAUGGAGAGACAUUGAGAUAUUUAGAGAGCCAUGAGAGAAAACACACAGAACAUGAACAUCAUCUGAAGAAACACACUAAUGAGAGACCGUAUCAGUGCAAGUCACACAAAACACUACACACUGAACAAAAACCCUUUCAAUGUUCACACUGUGAUAAAAGUUUCAGUUAUAAAUCUCAUCUGAUAAUCCACGAGAGAGUUCACACUGGAGAGAAACCUCAUCACUGUAAUGUCUGUGGGAAGAGUUUCAGUCAACGUGUCCGUUUAGUGAGACAUCAGAGAACUCAUACAGGUGAAAAACCUUACAAAUGCUCUCAUUGUGGAAAGAGCUUCUCUGAUUUAAGUUCUAUUAGAGUCCAUGAGAGAAUUCACACUGGAGAGAAACCUCAUCACUGUAAUGUUUGUGGGAUGAGUUUCAGUCGACGUGACAGUUUAGUGUCACACCAGAGAAUUCAUACACGUGAAAGACCUUACAAAUGCUCUCAGUGUGAGAAGACGUUUACUCAGGCAGGUCACUUAAAAGCCCAUGAGAGAGUUCACACUGGAGAGAAACCUUACGUCUGCUCGAUCUGUGGAAAGAGCUUCUUUGAUUUAAGUUCUAUUAGAGUCCAUGAGAGACUUCACACUGGAGAGAAACCUCAUCACUGUAAUGUCUGUGGGAAGAGUUUUAGUCAACGUGUCAGUUUAGUGAGACAUCAGAGAACUCAUACAGGUGAAAAACCUUACAAAUGCUCUCAUUGUGGAAAGAGUUUCUCUGAUUUAAGUUCUAUUAGAGUCCAUGAGAGAGUUCACACAGGAGAGAAACCGUACGUCUGCCCGAUCUGUGGAGAGAGAUUUGCUCAUUCUGGAAGUUUUCAGAAUCAUCAGAAAAAACAUACUGAAACUUUUGGUACAGCAGGAGGCGCUCUGCAGCUCUUUAGUCCGCCAAUAAACCCACUAAAGAAAGAAAGAAAGAAAGAAAAAAGAGUUCACCUUCACACUCCAGUCCAGUUGGUGGCGAAGAAGAAGAAGAAAGAGUUCACGUGUGAUGUGUUUGUGUAUCCUCAGUGUUUUUUUCUCUUGAGUGUUUUAUUGAGAGUAAACAGAGUCUUGUCUCUGUGUAUGUUAGUGUUGAUGAUGGAUGUGAUGUGCUGUAAAUCAGUGGGAACUGAUCUGUCCAUGCUGGAUAUUGAUGAUUUCAUCACAGAAAUCUCUCAGCUGAAGAAAGAGGUGGCGUUACUGGAGACAAAGCUGAGGUUAAAAGGAGAUGAAGGACUGAAGAGAGAGGACUCCGAGCUCAUUCUGACUUUACUCUGUUAUACUGAGUCAAAGCCCACAGACGCUCAGGACACUACAGUGUGUGACAGUAAUCAGGACUUACAGGAUGAGGAAUCUACUGAUCAAACCUCCACAGAGUCUCUGAAUUCUGUCUGUAACGCUGGAGAACAGCAGCAGAUCCUGCAGACCAAACUCAAGAUGUGUUCAGUCAAACUCAUCGACUGCAAGAACCUCAUGAUGAAGAUAAAAACUGAACCCACAUCUGAUGAAUAUGAAGACAAUCACAAUGAUGGUCAUGGUUUUUUUCUGUCAGAUGUAAAGAGUGAAUUAUGUUUGAAUGGAGAAAUAACGUCCUCGACUCUUUCCUGCAUCAGCGGUGGAGAGACAUUGAGAUAUUUAGAGAGCCAUGAAAGAAAACACACAGAACAUGAACAUCAUCUGAAGAAACACACUAAUGAGAGACCGUAUCAGUGCAAGUCACACAAAACACUACACACUGAACAAAAACCCUUUCAAUGUUCACACUGUGAUAAAAGUUUCAGUUAUAAAUCUCAUCUGAUAAUCCACGAGAGAGUUCACACUGGAGAGAAACCUCAUCACUGUAAUGUUUGUGGGAAGAGUUUCAGUCAACGUGUCCGUUUAGUGAGACAUCAGAGAACUCAUACAGGUGAAAAACCUUACAAAUGCUCUCAUUGUGGAAAGAGCUUCUCUGAUUUAAGUUCUAUUAGAGUCCAUGAGAGAAUUCACACUGGAGAGAAACCUCAUCACUGUAAUGUUUGUGGGAUGAGUUUCAGUCGACGUGACAGUUUAGUGUCACACCAGAGAAUUCAUACACGUGAAAGACCUUACAAAUGCUCUCAGUGUGAGAAGACGUUUACUCAGGCAUUUCACUUAAAAGUCCAUGAGAGAGUUCACACUGGAGAGAAACCUUACGUCUGCUCGAUCUGUGGAAAGAGCUUCUUUGAUUUAAGUUCUAUUAGAGUCCAUGAGAGACUUCACACUGGAGAGAAACCUCAUCACUGUAAUGUCUGUGGGAAGAGUUUUAGUCAACGUGUCAGUUUAGUGAGACAUCAGAGAACUCAUACAGGUGAAAAACCUUACAAAUGCUCUCAUUGUGGAAAGAGUUUCUCUGAUUUAAGUUCUAUUAGAGUCCAUGAGAGAGUUCAUACUGGAGAGAAACCGUACGUCUGCCCGAUCUGUGGAGAGAGAUUUGCUCAUUCUGAAAGUUUUCAGAAUCAUCAGAAAAAACAUACUGAAACUGUUGGACGGGUCUGAGACCAGCGCCGAAUAUGGAUGCAGGACCGGAUGGCUGCUUGCCUGCGCUGGGCUAUCUCCAACCCCAAUUCCCCCCUAUCCUGUUGCAAGUCGUGUGUUGUUCAUAAUGUAAGAUGUACUGACUAUGUGCUUAUGUUGCUGAGGUGUUUUUUUUCCCUGUUCCCAAACUGUACUCCUUUUGGAGCAUAGUCUGGGGGUUUGUUUUUUUUAACCUACCCGGCGCCCUCAUGUAAUGCUGUACUUCUUCUCAAUGCUCUGUCGACCUGUUCUGUCUACCACUCUUGUUUUUAUGUAUUGU